AAAUCCGAAAUUUUUCUUUGAUUUUCGCAGCACAAAAUGCAGCCUCAGAAUCUCUCCUUCUCUAAAACCAUAAACCCUUCCUUCCUUCUCUGCCCUUCCCCUAAACCUUGCCUCUUCGCUUCAUUUCCCCACCAGAACCGCCCAUUUUCGUGCCAAUAUACUCCCAUUCUUUCCGUUCACCAUCGAGACAUCCGUGCAUUUGCCGGCCGGAGCAAGAAGAAACCGGGGGACCAAUCUUCGGGUCGACUCGAAGGAAAUUCAGAGAUAAGGCGCGUGGCGAGGCAAAACGCUCGUCGGAAGCAGAAGAAGCGAGCCGAAUCACUCUUCUAUCGGUUGAAAAACCCGGGUAAAAGCAUCCAUGCGGAUAACUUCACCGAAGAAGAGUUGGAAGCAAUCGGGCUCGGUUAUGACCGGAUGGUCCGGUUCAUGGAAAAAGACGACCCGAAUCUGAAACACCCUUUUGAUUGGUACAAGUAUGGUGAAUUUGGUCCCUAUUCAUGGCGUGGGGUUGUUGUUGGGGAACCAAUUCGAGGGCGGUUCUCGGAUGAAAGGGUCACAAUGAUAGGGGAAGUGAAGAACCAUGAAGAAUGGGAGAAGAUAGAACAGUUCGAGAUGGCUUCAGAGUUUGGUAAAAGACUGGAAAUGAUGGAUAGAAAUGUUGGUUUUAGGUAUUUCUGGGUAUUUGUUAGGCACCCAAAAUGGAGGAUCAGUGAAUUGCCUUGGGAACAAUGGACUUUGGUUAGUGAAGUAGUCCUUGAAGCUAAGAAAACUGAGAGGUUAGAUAAAUGGAGUUUGAUGGGAAGAUUAGGAAACAAAGCUAGAUCGUUGAUUACACAAUGUGCAGCUUGGAUGAGACCAGAUAUCAUUUAUGUUAAGAAGCCUGUGUAUCAAUGUAGAUUCGAGGGUCAAGAUGAGUUCUUUAAUGCAUUGAUACCGUUUCUCGAUCCGAAAACAGAAAGGGAUUUUUUGUUUGAGGUUAAAAAAGAGGAUAGGAGUGUGGAAAUGUGUAGUUAUUUUGAAGGAUUGUGUAAGAUUGUGAAGGUGAAUCAAAAGGCAUUUGUGGAUGAUGUGGUGAAAGGGUUUGAAAAGUUGAGUGAAGAAGGGAAGUCUAGGUGUUUGGGGUUUUUAUUAGGGAAUCAUCCUUUGCCUCUUUUGCAUCCUUAUACAAAGGAAUGGAAGGCCAAGUUGGAGGAGAUGGAACUCGGUUGUGAUGCCCCAGAUGAUGAUGAGGAUGUUGGUAGACAUCGAGAGUCGGGUGAGAUGCAGUUCACAGAUUGGAUUGAGGAUGAUUAUGGUGGUCGUGAUGAUGAUGAUGAUGAUGACGAUGAAGCAGAGGAUCAAGAUGAUGUAGUUUUGGACAUUGAAGAUAAGGGAGAUGAAGAAUUAGGGACCAAAGAAGAAGAAUCGGACGAAGAAGAGGAUGAAAAGUAUUGGGAGGAAGAGUUUCAAAAGGCAUUAAGUAGCUCCGAUAGGAUGGAAAAGCUUGUGAAACGAAGUGUUGAGGUAACUACAGAGCUCUACAACAAACAAUUAGCAAUGCUAGCUGACAGAAAGGAAAGGAUUAUGGAAGAUGGAGAUGAAACCGAACUAAGAGGUAAAAGAGCAAAAGUGAAACCAGAAGAGUGGAAACGGGCAGGGAUUGGUCGAUGGAAUAAGAGGAUUAAGAAGAGUAAGAUCCCACCGGAACUGUUUUUGCGAGCGGCUGUUCGACCAUUUACAUAUAGGAAUCUUGUGAAAGAGAUUGUAUUGACAAGGCAUGCCAUAUUGGAAGGUGAGAUUGGUAGGAAAGAUUAGAAUACAAUGUAGAUGACCAGAGACAUACAUGAUAAAUAUGUCUAUUGCUUUUCCAAGCUUGCAUUUCACAACUGUUAAGCUAUUUGUAGAGGUGUAGUUAAUGUAUGUUGUAGAAGUAGAACAAUUUUGAUCAGAGUUGGAGGGAGUCAUGAGCUUAAUGUUUGCACAGGUUUAUUCUAUCUUGUGUUAAUUUUACAAUGUAGAAUUUCAUGUUGAUGCUUCUAGUGAAAUGGACAUACUUUUUGGCA